CCGACAAUUGUGCUCGCACAGUGAUUAUCGGACAUUCGCUCAGUGAAUAUCGAAAGCAAAUUUUGCGCGAAUUUUUGAAUUAAUUUAUAUACUACUGAAUUUAAUCGGGCAACAAGUGACGGAACAUAAAAUCGUUUGAAUAAAAAUCAAUUCGUUUAUAAUUAUCGCAGUGAGUUGACUGCUCUCGUUGGAAUUUUGGUGUUAUCGAGCUAUUAAUGAACUUCGAUAUGAAUAUGUCACCUGGAAAUGAUGGGAUGAUGCCGCCGUUUGGAGAUGGUGACUUAAUACCAAUAAAUUCGAAUUUAAAAGAUUUGUCGGUUGGCAUCGACGAUAUGCGCGUAUCCAUUAUAGCAUUUCAAAGCGGCCAAAUGGGGAACAAUUUUUUUAAUGGCUACCAACAACAACAAUUAAACGAUUUAAUUAUGACUUUGGGUAAUCUACUUCAAGAAUAUGGUGUCAUCCAGGACCAAUUGAUAGGCGCAUUGAAAGCUUGGCAACGAAAACAGACAUUAGGUCGCAAUGGUGCACCGCCUCCUAGCAAUUUAGAUGGUAUACAAUUGAUUGUGGAGACAUUGUUGGACCGCAUCACAGAUAUUAUACUAUUUAUAAAUAAUCUCCUACAAAUGGGGAAUGAGGCGAUUCUCAAUGAGUACUUACAACAUGCACAGGCCUUAUAUCAUAUUCUCAUAGUUUCAACUUUCAUCGUCGAGACGCAACCACCACAGGUGAAGAAAAAGGGAACUAAAAAUAUGUCGGCAACUGUUCGCUGGUUAAUCGGUGAUAAAUUGGGCAUACAUUUGAGCAAACCAGUUGUAAAAUGUGCAAUACUCUCAGAGGAUUUAGCAAAGCGACUUACUGUUGAAAACAUCCGUAUGCCACCAGAGAGCAGUGGCACAAUGACGAACAAUGAAUGUGAAAUGAUAUAUGAUAGCAAUACUAGGAAAUUCUCUGCAACUUUUUCAAAUCUUAUGAUAAGCGAGGCUAAACGCUUUGAGAGAAGGGGUUCCGAAAAUGUUACAGAUAAAAAACACACUUUGCUCUUUUACACAACCGCUGAAUGUAAAGGUCAUGCGAUCAAUUGCUGGGCAAUUAGUGCACCCUUAAUUGUGAUAGUACACGAUAAUCAAGGCAGUAAUGCCUGGGCCACGAUUUUAUGGGAUAAUGCGUUCUCUGCAAUCGAACGGGAACCAUUCAAAGUUCCAGAGAGGGUACAUUAUAUACAAAUAUCGGAGGCAUUAGAUAUGUAUUUUGGCCUCUAUACAAAUCGUCAUUUAACUCCAGAUAAUUUGAAUACUAUUGCCAAUAAACUUAGAUUGAAUGAAACUGGUCAGCUCAACGAUUAUAUUAGUUUUUCACAAUUCUGUAAAGAUAAGAUGCCAAAUUGUGUUUUUUCCUUUUGGGAAUGGUUCUAUGACAUAAAGAAAUUGACAACGACCUAUCUAAAGGAAGCAUGGGCGAAAGGACAUAUUGUCGGAUUUAUAAGUAAACGUGAAGCCAGUGAAAUAUUAUCCCGUCAAGCUCAUGGCACUUUCUUACUUCGUUUCUCGGAUAGUACCAAAGGUGGCGUAAGCAUCGCUUAUCGUGACUAUAGCGAGAUAAUAAUGUUGGAACCAUGGACCAGCGCUGAUUUCCUAAUACUUUCCCUAACUGAUCGUAUACGAAAUUUGAAUUGUUUAAAGAUCGUAUAUCCCACGAUGGUGGCAAGUAAUGCAGUAUUCUGUACUUCACCUCCUAGACAAACUGCAAAAAAUGGAGAUGGUUAUGUACGCACUCGAAUACAAGUGCAUGCUAACACCCCUCAGCCCGCCAAUGAUCCACAAACUUCGCCACAAACACAAUCAGGAACAACUGUGUCUGAUAAUGUCCACAUGCAGAAUGGGUAUAGUUUCUCAACGGAACAAUCUGAAAAUAGUUUAGAUUUUUGCGACGCCAGUUCGCCACAAACACAGUCUGGAACAACUGUGUCUGAUAAUGUCCACAUGCAGAAUGGGUAUAGUUUCUCAACGGAACAAUCUGAAAAUAGUUUCGAUUUUCGCGAUCCUCAAACUAUUAAUUGGCCUGAUUGGGACAACUCAGGAUCAGCAGCAUCAGGAGAUUACUUUUCUGGCAUUUCUUCUUUGGAAUUUGACCAAUACAGGCACAUACAUAUAUAUAAUUAAAUAAUAAAUUGCAUUUUACGCGACAUGAAACGCAUAACUUAAUCAAAAAUAAUUGUAUUGAAGCACAAUUAUAUGAAAAAUAUUUGUAAUUUAACUAGUUUUUAGACUUACGUAAUAAUUUGAAACAUAUUUUAUUGUAAUUUUAAUAUUUGUAAAUACUAUAUUUUUAUAUAUGAUAUUGUUUUAUAAAUACAUAUGUACGUAUAUAUAUCCAAUCUGUUUGUGUAAAACUACACUUGUGAAGUAGCCCGUUUUGUAAAUAUAUAUAUUGAAUUUUUUAUAAACAUUA